AACGAACCAGCUUCUAGUCGAUAUUAAGGAAUUUGGAAACCAAAGUGCAGGCAGGAAACCAGUCCUCUAGGAAAAAGGAUUCCUCUCAAGGGGCUGAUCCUGCUGAAUUCCUACAUUCACUUUGGAUUCUAGAGUAGAACCGUAGAGUUGGAAGAGACUGCAUGAGGCACCCAGUCCAGGCCUCUGCCGUGCAGGAAAAGUGCAAAGUACCCUGGACAGAUGAGUAUCUAGCCUCUGUUUAAAAGAUUCCAAAGGAGCCUCCACUACAUUUUGAGGCAGAGAGUUCCACUGCUGAACAGCUCUUACAGUCAGGAAGUUCUUCUUAAUGUUCAGAUGGAAUCUACUUUCCUGUAAUUUGAACCCAGUGCUGUGAGUAAUCAGAAAGGGAAAAACAAGAAUCAAGUGUCCAUAUUGGAAUUAAAUGUACAUAGCACAUAACUCUGUUGACAUGGAGGAGAAAGCAUAUAAAUGUAUUGCAUGUGGAAAGAGCUUCUCUCAUAAUUCAAAUCUACAUAGACAUCAAAGGACUCACAUUGGGGAGAAACCCUAUAACUGCCUGGAGUGUGGACAGAGCUUUCCUCAGAAGGCACACUUACAUACACAUCAAAGGACUCACACUGGGGAGAAACCCUAUAACUGCCUGGAGUGUGGACAGAGCUUCGCUCGUAGUUCAGGACUACGUUCACAUCAAAGGACUCACACUGGGGAGAAACCCUAUAAAUGCCUGGAGUGUGGACAGAGCUUCGCUGAUAGUUCAGCACUACGUAGACAUCAAAGGACUCACACUGGGGAGAAACCCUAUAACUGCCUGGAGUGUGGACAGAGCUUUUCUCAUAGUACAGGACUACGUUCACAUCAAAGGACUCACAUUGGGGAGAAACCCUAUAACUGCCUGGAGUGUGGACAGAGCUUCACUCGUAGUUCAGGACUACGUUCACAUCAAAGGACUCACACUGGGGAGAAACCCUAUAACUGCCUGGAGUGUGGACAGAUUUUCGCUCGUAGUUCAGGACUACGUUCACAUCGAAGGACUCAUGCUGGGGAGAAACCCUAUAAAUGCCUGGAGUGUGGACAGAGCUUCACUCGUAGUUCAGGACUACGUUCACAUCAAAGGACUCACACUGGGGAGAAACCCUAUAACUGCCUGGAGUGUGGACAGAGCUUCACUCGUAGUUCAGGACUACGUUCACAUCAAAGGACUCACACUGGGGAGAAACCCUAUAACUGCCUGGAGUGUGGACAGAGCUUCUCUCGUAGUUCAGGACUACGUUCACAUCAAAGGACUCAUGCUGGGGAGAAACCCUAUAAAUGCCUGGAGUGUGGACAGAGCUUCACUCAUAGUUCAGCACUACGUAGACAUCAAAGGACUCACACUGGGGAGAAACCCUAUAAAUGCCUGGAGUGUGGACAGAGCUUCACUCAAAAUUCAGUUCUGCGUUCACAUGAGAGGACUCACACUGGGGAGAAACCCUAUAACUGCCUGGAGUGUGGACAGAUUUUCGCUCGUAGUUCAGGACUACGUUCACAUCGAAGGACUCAUGCUGGGGAGAAACCCUAUAAAUGCCUGGAGUGUGGACAGAGCUUCACUCGUAGUUCAGGACUACGUUCACAUCAAAGGACUCACACUGGGGAGAAACCCUAUAACUGCCUGGAGUGUGGACAGAGCUUCACUCGUAGUUCAGGACUACGUUCACAUCAAAGGACUCACACUGGGGAGAAACCCUAUAACUGCCUGGAGUGUGGACAGAGCUUUGCUCGUAGUUCAGGUCUACGUUCACAUCAAAGGACUCACACUGGGGAGAAACCCUAUAACUGCCUGGAGUGUGGACAGAGCUUCGCUCGUAGUUCAGGACUACGUUCACAUCAAAGGACUCAUGCUGGGGAGAAACCCUAUAAAUGCCUGGAGUGUGGACAGAGCUUUUCUCAUAGUACAGGACUACGUUCACAUCAAAGGACCCACACUGGGGAGAAACCCUAUAACUGCCUGGAGUGUGGACAGAGCUUCACUCAUAGUUCAAACCUACGUCAACAUCAAAGGACUCACACUGGGGAGAAACCCUAUAAAUGCCUGGAGUGUGGACAAAGCUUCAGGCAUGGUUCACGUCUACGUUCACAUCAACGUACUCACACUGGGGAGAAACCCUAUAAAUGCCUGGAGUGUGGACAGAGCUUCAUUCAGAGUUCAGGCCUACGUUCCCAUCAAAGGACCCACACUGGAGAGAAACCCUAUAAAUGUCUGGAGUGUGGACAGAGAUUUACUCGGAGUGGAACUCUACGUAAACAUCAAAGGACUCACACUGGGGAGAAACCGUAGAAAUGCAUGGAGUGUGGACAGAGCCUUUCACGGAAUAACAUUAUACAUAGACAUCACAUAGUACACUCUGGAGAGAAUGGUGUUAAUUGACACCAGAGUGUCAUUUUAAAAUGUACAAAAGGAACUCUUGCAAAUUUUGGAAAUUCAACCUCAUAGUUGGGACAUUUCCUCACAUGUGGUGUAUUGUAGAAAGAUUGAACUAAAAUAUGUUCCAUUCUGGAAGUAAGCAAGGUUAAAUGAAACUAGAGUUUUAUAUGUUGAGAAUGUUGGAUGAUCAAUUAGAAUGAAAACAUGGGUUGUUACUGUGAUAUACUAAAGUGUGUGUGUGUAUAUAUAUAUUAUUCUACUCCCUUUAGAUAAUAUAGUCAUAUAUACGGACUAUAUACGGACUAUAUUAUAUAUAAUAUAGUCCGUAUAGUCAUAUAUAUAUAUAUAUAAAUAAAAGACUAUACGGAUAGAUGGAAGGAAUGUUUUAGUCCAAAGCAAAAAGAAUGGCUCAUGAAGACCUGCAAAUUACCCAAAACAAAAAAACUGAGAACAACGUGGGCAAAUGUCAGUUGUUAUAUUUAUUAAUGGUAAGAGUGUUAUCAGAAGUGUGGUUAUAUUAUAUUAUCUAAAGGGAGUAGAAUAAUGAGAGAUAAAAAUUAACAGAUAGAAUGAGGCCUUUAGGCACAAAUCCCUUUCUGUUUUCUAGUUCAGUUGUGUGUCUAUGUAGGUAAUUGUUUCAUUAAUGUGUGUGUUUCUGAUUUAGUUUGUAUCUCAUGUAGUAGUUAGUUUCAUGUAGUUGAAACAUUAUAUAUAAUUUCUGCCUUUUUGUAUUCUUGCUUUUAAUCUGUUUUUUAUUUUUUUAUUUGCAAAAAAGAAGGGGAUUUAUAAGGGUCAAAAUGGCUGAAACUGGAGGGGUGGGUAGACCUGGUUUUAGCCCAAAAUGGGGUUUAAUGUUUAAUCUAGAGCGCCAUUGAAGAUCAUUUCUUUCCUCUGUGUUGAUGACAUGGGUUUGGAUUCCAUUGUCUUCCUUCAGACAUUAUUGUUCCUAUUAUGCUUUAUACAACAUGUAUUCACUGCUUUGAUCACCAUCGAUUCUUUUUCACUGCCUUGUCUAUCCCGCAAACCCCUCCAGUGUGUUCUGUUGGUCAUCAGGGUUGUGUGUGCUAAGUUUGGUCCACAUCCGUCAUUGGUGGGCUUCCGAAUGCUCUCUGGAUGCAGGGUGAACUACAACUCCCACGUUCUGUGUGCCAAGUUUGGUCGUCAGCUUGUUUUGUUCUGAACCGAAAGGGUUCCUGUUCUUUUGAUGCCGAGUGUUCAGGGAAGAGUGAGGUCUGUGAGAUCAAUGAGGCUUUCAGAGACCACGUCUGGUCGCUUGGCUGGGAAAUCGUACAAACAUGUUCACACAAAUGGGAAGGUUAGAAGAUUUGGUUCAUGCAGAUUUUAAGUUAAUAACCUUUAAAAAUAGAAGAUAAAAUUUGGAAAGCACAGGAUGGUGGAGCAUCUGAGUUAAUGGAGCCUCAGUAUCGGUGGAAGCCCAGUGAUUUUAUUUGAUCUAUCAUGUCAGAAACUAAUUGAGAGUACUCUUAUAAUGUAUUUUAAUAACACAAAGUUUUUGUUUUUUCGUGUCAGGAGCAAACUGAGUUGCUUCUGGAGUGAGAGAAUUGGCCGUCUGCAACGACGUUGCCCAGGGGACGUUGCCCGGAUGUUUUGACGUUUCACCAUCCUUGUGGGAGGCUUCUCUCAUUUCCCCGCAUGGAGCUGGAGCUGAUAGAGGGAGCUCAUCCGCACUCUCCCCAGAAGCGACUCAAGCUGCUCCUGACACGGAAAAUAAAAUAACACAAAGUUAAAACUUGGCAUGAUACUAGAUUUCCUUUGACUAGAAGCUGGCCGCUUGGAGUGCCUCUGGUGUCGCUGUGAGAAGGUCCCCUGUAACGGAAAGCCCUAUUUUAUUGGGGAUUUUUGUCUAUGUUAUGUAAUGUUGAUUCAGUGGUCAAGGUGGGCAGGAGUUGGCUACUGCUGAUUGGCUAUGUGUCACCAUGGUAACGUAGAAAUGCAACUAUUUCGAAGCUAGCACGAAAGGGGCGGAGCUAGCUGGAUGAAAAAGGAGGGAAUGUUUCAAAAAGAGUGAGUUAGUGAAGUUCUCUAGCCGGUGAGCUUGAAAGAAGAUGUCUGAAGUCAGUUAGGUUUAAGUUUCCAGUGAGAUAGAGCUGAGGAAAAGGAAUACUGUUGAGACAAAGUUCCAGUCAAGUGGUUGAUGUUACAGAAUGAAAGAUAUUAUCUAUAUUAUGUACAAAUGAAACGGAAGAAGUAAACCUUUGCAACCAGUUACGCUUUUUGGACUAAAGAAACCAUCAAUAAAUAAUUCUUUGUUUGUAAUAAA